AUGUGUAAGGGUGGUCUAAACAGUGGGUCUGGUCUCUCGCCUUACUCGCAACAGUUCGCCGGCCUAGACUUCAGCAUCAACGAGACAGACUCAGGCACAGACUUCCUGUUCGAGGAGGAUGCGCAGAAGAAGAAGCGCUCAUGGGGUGAGACUAUCUUCUACGCCACUGGCACGUCAUACCUGAGUGGGCAGGUGAUUGGAAGUGCCUGGGGUGUGAUGGAAGGUCUUCGCAAUCCGGAUGCGGUGACGCAGCGCCUGAAGAUUAACAGUGUGCUCAAUAGCGUCACCCGACGUGGGCCGUUUAUGGGCAACUUUGCGGCUGUUCUGGCUCUCAUGUACACCAUCAUCGACGGAUCUGUCAUCAAGGUGCGUGGAGGUACUGACGAUGUCAUCAACACUGUGGGUUCUGGUGCUGCUGCUGGUGCCCUUUUCCGAGCUACCGCUGGGGGUCGUGCGAUCGGUUUGGGAGCGCUGGUGGGUGCAGGUGUGGCCGGUGCCGCCGUAGCUCUGCGUCAAGUUCUAACGGAGCGAAGAAACAUAUAAAUGUACCUGAAUAUGCACAAAUCAUGUACAUAUGUAUGACGAUACAUGCAAAUCCUUAGUUAACUUUGUAUAUAAAUAGGCCAGAUGUCUCUCAUCACAUACGAUUGUAAGAGGGGCUGUGGUCGUCCACCCAUACACCAAAAUAGCCUAUUUAAUACGCACUUAGAUUACGACCAUAAAAUUCAAUAUGUCUGGAAUAUUGAAAACCAGAACCAGAACCAAAACCAGAA